AUGAAUACUGAAAAAAAAAUCAAUAGAAGAAAGACUAGAAGUGCUUCACAAUAUGGGGCUCAAUAUGACACCUGGAAGAGUAAACUUACUAGUGAUUUUGACAAUGAAAUUUAUACUAUUUAUAUAGAAGGAGAUAAUACAGAAAAAGGAAGAAAAUGUAGAAACUUCAAUAACAAGGUAGAUGACACAAAAGAAGAUUUUAUGGGAGAAAAAUCAACAACAUUAAACGUUAAUGGAGAUCCUGAAGAAGCAUGGAAUGAAAUUGAGCAACAUAUAAGUACAAAAAUUAGUCAAUAUAGAAAUCUUAAAUGUAUGAGAAAUCCUAGUAUUUAUACAAAAGAUAUAAGAGAUAAAAGGAACAAGAUAAUGUAUUUCUGUGAAGAUAGAGAUAAACGUUUUUAUUUGCUAAAAAUGAGCAAAAAAAGGGAUGAAUGUUUAAAAUAUAAUCAAUGGAUAAAUGAAGAAAAGAAUAAAUUUACGAGCAACAAUCCAUGGAGUAUAAGUGACAGCAAAGGAAGUAAUCAAGAGUUCAAAACUUCUAACAAUUGUACAUUGAUCAAUAUGGGUAUGUUUUCAAAUGAGAAUUGUGAUAAUUAUAGCCAGAACCAACAAAAAAAGAGUAGUUCACAAAGUCUACAACGUUCAGGUUCUCCUCCAGUAACUACACAAAAAAUUUAUAGUAGCACAGCAAUUCCUAUUAAAACUACUGUACCUACUACUACUAUUAAUCCUACAACUAUAUCUACCACUACAACUACAUCUACACCUGUAUCUGUAACUACAAAUGAUUCUACAACUGCCAACAUACCUAUCUCUAUAUCCCCAUCUAUACCUGCAUCUGCAUCUACACCUAAAACUAUACCUACAUCUACAAAUGCGCCCAUUAAUACAGCGACACCUACACCUACACUUCAAUCUACACCUGCAUCUACAGCUACACAAGCCACUACAACUACAUCUAUAAAUGUACCAACUCAAAAUAUAUCAUCACUAAGAUCUACAUUAAAACCUGCAACUAUAUCUUCACCUACUUCUACAAAUACUUCUGCACUUUCAACUACAAAAGCCAUUACACCUACCACUAUACAAGCAACUACAUUUAAUCAUACAUCUACAACUACACCUCCACCUACAUUCACAACUACACAAGCCAAUAUAUCUACUAAUACACCUACAACUACACCUCCACCUACAUUCACAACUACACAAGCCAAUAUAUCUACUAAUACACCUACAACUACACCUCCACCUACAUCCACAACUACACAAACCAAUACAUCUACUAAUACACCUACAACUACACCUACACCUACACCUUCAACUGUAACUACUCCUCCACCUACCUCUACAACUACACAAGCCAAUACAUCUACGCCUACACCUACACCUUCAACUAUACAAGCAACUACAUCCAUAUCUACAAAAGUGCCUUUAACUACAUCCGCAAAUGUAUCAAAAGUUAAUGCAUCAUCAUCCCCAACAACAUUAAAACCUACAACUACAUCCACAUCUACAACUGCAUCUACAACUACACCUACAACUAUACAAGCAACUACACGCAUAUCUACAAAUGUGCCCUCAGCUACAUCCGCAAAUGUAUCAAAAGCUAAUAAUACAUCAUCGUUCUCAUUUACAUUAAAACCUACAACUAUGUCUACAUCUACAACUGUACCUACAACUACAUUAAGUACUACUGUUCAUAAUCAAAGUUAUAGCAAUAUAUCUUCAGGUCUUUCUAUUAAAAGUUCGUCUACAUUAGCUAAAUCUACAAUUAUUCCUAUCACAGCUGCCUUGGGAUCAUUUUUGGGAAUUAUUAUCCUUUUUAUAUUUUUGUAUAGAUUCACUCCCAUUGGCUCUUGGCUUGGUAAUCGUAGAUCAAAGAGAAAAGAAACACAGAGAAAAAAGAAGCAAGCACAAGUAGAUAAUGAAUUAAUAUUUGAAGGAUUUUCUGAUAACAAAUCAGAGAUCAAUAUGAAAAACUUUCCAAUAUGUAAUAAGAAAAACAGUUCCACAUGUAAAAUUAUAUUGGAAAAUGAAAACAAUGAAAGAAAUAUGGAAACAAAGAACAAUAUUGUAGAAAGAAGGAAAAAGUGGAAAUGGAAAGCUGUAAUUGAAGUGCAUAUGAUGGUAUUAGAGGAGUUCCAAAAAGAGGAGUGGGAAUUGAAUAGAAGAGAAUUUCUAAAAAUUUGUU